GAAACCACCAGUUUUACACCAACAUACACUGAACAACGUACUCAAGCACUGGUAACAGGCUCUAGUACAACAGAGAACAAAGGAACAACUACUCAGGCUUCUGAGAUAAUGACAACCGUACUUCCUGACUCACAAGCUACAGUUUUACAACCCAACUCAAGUACUACUGUUCCCAGCCGUACAUCUUCUUCUUUCUCCUCUUCAACCACAUCUGUGACCUAUUUAACUGAUACAUCCACCAGUGAAACAACAAUUGUAGGCUCUGUCACAAGUUCUCCUACAUCGUCAGCAACAGUUAGUUUUUCUUCAUCAAUUACUCUCCCCACAAAUUUGACAUCCUCUUUGACAACAAUUGUGUGCCAAGAUUUUGCCUAUGGAGACUCAUGUUCUUAUGGAGAAAACAACACUGUCCCAAUCAUUGAUACUGCACCCGUGCGCAAAGUAAACAUUACUUUCAAAUUCAACAUCACUUUUAUCCAGGCUUUUCUUAAUUUAACUUCACCUGAAUCACAGAUAUUCAUCAACAAAUUAGAAGCACAGCUCAGAAGCCUGUGUAGACAAGCAGAUCCCCAGGCCUAUAAAACAGUUAAAGUAAUCAAAUUAAGUGAAGGAAGUGUUGUUGCAAAGAGCCUGGCGGAGUAUCAGUAUCAAAACAAUGAAACUCAAAUCGAGUUUAUUAACACUCAUCUUAGUGUGGUUUUGAAGAAUAUCCUACAAAAUAACCUCAACAAAAUUUCUUUGGCUUUUGGUAAUCAAAGUGUGGAGUUAAAUGAUCUCAGCUUUGAGGCACCUGCCAUUACUAAUAUCACAGAGUUGAAGCCUUUUAUUAACUGCACUCAGUUUGCUAAUUACACUGAAGAGAUUACUAAUGGUCAAUGGCAGUGUGUUGGACCAUGCAAAAUAAACCCUGAUUACUGCAAUGGACACGGAGAAUGUUUAAAUGACAUUUACACAGGCCCAGUCUGCAGGUGCUACGAAACCAGCCUGGAGCAGUUUUAUGGUCCACAAUGUGACCUUUUCCGCCGAGGUCCAGGUUUCUAUGGAGCACUGUUUGGCUCACUCGCAGUAGCGCUCCUGCUCUUCAUUAUAAUCGUCAUCGCUGUCAUUUUCAAAAGGAGACAUACGUAUACUUGGAAAAGGAGCAACUCUCAGAGGAGAAGAUUGUCUUUUCUUGAAGGAGAUUUCUUUGACUUCACUGAUACACGAAUUUCCAACUUGGGACUGGCAGGCACUUAUAGAUCAGAAAACAUUUAGAAACUGAUAUAUUCACUAUAUUAUAUAAAAUUAAGCAAUUAGUUACUGUUUUAAUCGCUAAUAAUCUUACUUAAAGAUUAGUAAGAACUAUCAUCUUUUAAUUUUAAAACAUUUUGAAGUUGUUUUGCUAUUUAUCAUUUAUUUAUAAGAACUUAAAUUUAAUGCAUAUGUUUUUGCACGUAUAUUAUUUUCCACACCAACAUAUCAUGGAGCACCAUUUCUCUUUUUAUCCUAUCUUGACAUAUCUUUCUCAGCACUGUUCAAAUAGUAAAAAUAAUAAUAAAUCUCUUUUAACCUAAAGUUUUUGCCUGGAAAAUCUACAUUUUCUGAAUGCACAAACUGAGAAACCCACUGUAUUAUCUAUAGAUAAUUUUGUUAAAUAACAAGUUAAGUUUGUCUUUAGUGUUAUUAAACAAUAUGCAAUAUGGGCUAGCUACUGCUUAUACUCUAUGAUAUAUCUCUAUUGAGCUUGUUACAAUUAACAUCUAACAGUAGUGAAACACAAAAAAUGCUUACUGUAGCAUUCAAAUACACACAUUUGCAUAUUUGUUAAACAUCUGUCCAGUUAAAAUGUUACACAGUAUCUAUGCAAUGGUUUUACUGUAUCAGAUAGGUGCUUCUGUUUUUUGUUCGUUUUUGCUUUUUAAACAGCAUCUCUAUUUUUAUCCAUUAAAAAAAACAAAAAAACUUUGACACCCCAACAAGAAAAUAAUCCAGACUAGGGCUCUGCAGUCCACAGUCACCUGCCACUAGAUGGCAUAGAUGUGCUUAUUUUAAGUGUUUCGCUUUUGAAGAGUCAAAGGAGAAAGACACACAGACCAUGGCCUUUAAUGGAAUUUUAAGAUAUUUUUUUUCAUAGAAAGGAAAUCAAACUACUUUUGCAUGUAUUUGCAGCUGAUUCAUAAUAGAAAAACAAACUUAACUUUGGUUCUUUUGAGAUAAGCCCUUGAUUUGGUUUUGUCUCCACCUAGUGCCUCAAUAGAGGUGGUACACUGAGCAAGUUCUUUACCUUUGCUUGAUGUUCUAUAUUUCCUACACAGGUACUGUGACCUGAAUAAAAUUUAACUAGCAGCACUGCAGCCCGAGUUAAAUAUUUACAAAUCACCUCACAGCAAACGAUAAGAAAAUUUACGCCUAAACAUGAAGUUAAUGCAAACAAUGGAACUUAUUUUUUAGUCUAGCUUCAUGAUUUUUGUUUUGUGUGUGUAUGUGCGUUCCUCUGUGUGAUGGAGUAGAGGAAGACACACAAUCCAUACUUCUCCAUCCUCUCUUGAAAAUAUAUGAGAUUGUGGAUAGUCUAGCUAUAGAUAUACUGCAUCAUCAGCACUUCUCCAAUAUGACCAUUCCUACUUUUUAUUUCUAUAGUGUAGACCUAUGAAGUCCUACAGAAACACCUAAACAUAUAUGGGCUCUUUAACACAAAGAACUGUAGUGUAACCAGCAAAGUAGAAUUUGUAUAGCAAUUAAGGGAAUAAUUACAAAAAUCAUAAUAUUUUUAUCACAGAAAUUAGUUUAUUUCACUCAUUAAUGCCUCCAGAGUGCCAGAGUUUAAUUAAUUGAGGCAGGAAAUGUAUUUGAUGAGAAACUGAAAGAUAAGCCAUACAUAUUGUAUG